AUGUCAGGUCGCAAAGAUGGGGGUGACUCCUCCAGCGACUCUGCGGCGGAAGACAGAAAGGGGUCAAGAGAAGAGCUCGUGGCCCUGAGGACGCAAGUUAGCUUGCUGACGGAUCAGAUGAGCCAGCUAAUGUCGCUAGUGGAAGAUAUCAUGAAGGCAAGCAAGAAGGAGGAGCCAGCUGGCACCAUGGAGGGUGCCGCUGAUCGCGGCGAUGCUAGGGAGAGCGCCGCCGCGGAGUCCACGAACGCCGAAGGAGGGGCACCGUGGACCGGGAGUGCGCAGGACGGGAGGUACCUGCGCGAACCUGUUCGAGAGUCUGGCCCGUCAGGGCGACACAGCGGCGAAGCAGGGGGUUUUGUCCCCCAAGAGGGAGCUCUUCGUGAGCUCAAGACCAUACACGACCCUGAAUCAUCUGUACAGCCGUCAGAGGACCUCAAGUCCCUGACGUCGACCAAGAUCUCUAGAGGGGAAAAGAAAGGGGCGAAGGGCGCAGAGCAAGCGUACUUCGCCGACGGUGAGGGCCGCAGGGAGCUGUACUCAAGUAGAAGUCAGGGGCAAGGUCAUGGUCGUGGCGGCGGCCGUGGCCGCAGCAGCAGUCGUGGCCGCGGCGGCGGCGGUCGCGGCGGCCGCUCAGGCGGAUCCGGAGGAGUCGAGGAGAGCAAGGGAAGCAGCAGUGGAGGCGCCGAUGGCGGCGGUGGCGGGGACUAUAAGUUCCCGGGCCGGUGCUUUAGGUGUGGACAUCGUGGACAUCAAACGAUCGGCUGCACUAACAACGAGAAGGACUUCGUGCCGUGGUGUGCGCGCUGCAAGGGGUGGGGCCACACCAAAGAAAAGUGCGCGACGGAGGAGGCCGUCCUAGCGCAAGUGGUGGAGCAUGAGAGCGACGUGGACUCCGUGGAAGACCACGCGUUUUGUGCCGUGGCAGUCCCCCCAGGCAAUUGUGGUACCGUUGGUGAAGUAGGUCUAGUGGGUGUUAUGGAACAAGGCCAGGCGAUGUACGUGGCCGACACAGUGGCCACGUGCUCCAUGUUCCGAUGUGCAGACAACUUCGUGAACUACCGUGUGCGUAGCGGUUGGGUGAAGGGGAUUGGAGGCGACAAGGCCCCCGUUCCUAUUCUAGGAUACGGAGAUGUGACCUUAGUCCUACAGACGGAAGAUAGUGGNGGCUAUCAAAUAAAGCCAACGCUGCACACCGCCUGUGCCGCACUCAUUGGUUCUGGCGAUGCGAAAGCAGCCAACCCCACUGACCUCAACGAGUACCACCUCGCGCACGGCCAUGCCCACGAGACAUUGCUCAGGAUCACGGCGGAGCAGCAGGGAGUGCAGCUGACGGAUGGACCGCUGCUACCCUGUUUGGCUGUUCGAUGUCCAAGGGACAGGUGAAACCCGUCCAGAAGAGCACGAGCACACGUGCACUGCUACCUCUCGCAGAUGACGAGGAGGGCGGGGAGGGCGAGAGCAGAGCGGAUGCAUCACGCCAAGGUUGGGGGGGGGAGAGAGACUCAGAGAGUGAGUCCGACCUCGACGUGAUGGAGGCUCGUGGGCCAGGGCAAGCGACGCCGUUUGUGCGCGAGGAGGCGCCGACGGCACCCGGCAACGGGAUUCCGGGGGACGGAGGCAGCGUUCCCCCGUCGCCCCCUUCGGGAAGGGGCGACUUCGGCGGAGGCAGUGACAGCCCC